GGUUCAGAGCAAUGAAGCCACCUGCCUCAGAUGGACCUGACAAGAAGCUGGUUCAGGCUCCCAAGAAAGCCCAUGUCCUAGAUACCAGGACUAUGGCUUCUGCAGCAGCAGACGGGGAGAAGGGAUCUCCGGUUGUGGUGGGGCUGUUGGUCGUGGGCAACAUCAUCAUUCUGCUGUCAGGCCUGGCCCUGUUUGCCGAGACUGUAUGGGUGACAGCUGACCAAUACCGGGUGUACCCACUGAUGGGCGUCUCGGGCAAGGAUGACGUCUUCGCUGGCGCUUGGAUUGCCAUCUUCUGUGGCUUCUCCUUCUUCGUGGUGGCCAGUUUUGGUGUGGGAGCAGCGCUCUGCCGCCGGCGGUCCAUGAUCCUCACGUACCUGGUGCUCAUGCUCAUCGUCUACAUCUUCGAGUGCGCCUCCUGCAUCACGUCCUACACCCACCGCGACUACAUGGUGUCCAACCCGUCCCUCAUCACCAAGCAGAUGCUCACCUUCUACAGCGCGGACACCGACCAGGGCCAGGAGCUGACCCGCCUUUGGGACCGCAUCAUGAUUGAGCAAGAAUGCUGUGGCACAUCUGGUCCCAUGGACUGGGUGAACUACACAUCGACCUUUAGGGCGGCCACUCCAGAGGUGGUGUUCCCCUGGCCUCCGUUGUGCUGCCGCCGGACAGGGAACUUCAUCCCCCUCAAUGAACAGGGCUGCCGCGUGGGACAUGUAGACUACCUGUUCACUAAGGGCUGCUUCGAGCACAUUGGCCAUGCCAUCGACAGCUACACCUGGGGCAUCUCCUGGUUUGGGUUUGCCCUCCUGAUGUGGACGCUGCCCGUGAUGCUGAUGGCCAUGUAUUUCUACACCACGCUCUGAGGAACAAGGACAGGCCGCGGACGCACCUCGGUGUCCUCACCCUGCAGCUCGGGCCUCCAGGGGAACCUUGCCCUUCCCCUCUUCCAGUCCCAAGAUUCUUUUCCAGGGUUCUAAGUCUUACUAGCCUUAGGUGUGUCCCCCAAACCUCUGGAUUUGCGUGCCUGGGCUCUUCACCCUCAACCUCACAUCGCCAGGCUGAUUCCCGGCCCAUCUUUCACGUGUCACCUUAAAAGUCCUGUCCUCAGGGACUUCCCUGAGCUUCGUCAUGGCAUGUCAUUGCCAUUCCUGCUGUUUAAACUCCAUUUAAUUCUCUAUUUACGUUCUGGUAGACUAGGAUUGCCAUGAGAGGAGGGACACGUUCUAUAAUGACCACUUCACUGUCCCCAUCAUUACCCAGUCAAGGACUAAGCAUGGACCAGAUUUUCAAUAA